AUGAAGCGAUUGUAUUCUGAGACAACUCCUGGUGAUGGGCCAAGUAUGCAUCCUGAUAAUCCCUAUUUCAACAAUGCUCCCAAUUUCCUCGAGCUUUCCAAAGAUUUUCCAUAUCUAAAAGACUAUGUGGGUCAAAAUAAAGACGGUAGCGUAUAUUAUCGGUGGAAAGAAAAGAAUGCUACAAAAAUGCUUACAAAAGCGUUGCUCAAGAGAGAUUUUGGGAUUGAAUGGGAUAUGCCUGAUUCCCACCUCGCUCCUGGAAUCACUGGACGAGUCAACUAUCUGUGUUGGAUCCACGAAAUUCUGCAUCUCCAUCCCGAUUUUCAAGACUGCGACACAUCCAAAACGAUCGGGAUUGACAUCGGCACGGGAGCUUCGGCCAUUUACCCUCUUCUUGGCCAUUCUCUCUACAAUUGGUCAUUUAUUGCGACCGAUAUUGACCCUGUGUCCAUUGCUUCGAGCCAAUCCAUCAUCAAUCAAAACCAUUUGAACGAAUUCAUCACCAUUCAUCAGCGAUCCUCCGAUCAACCAUUGCUGAAAGACCUUGUAAAGGAGCAACAGGUCACUUUCUGCAUGUGUAAUCCACCCUUCUUUGCUUCUUCUGAAGAAAUGAAGCAAAAUCCAUACGUAAACACCGAAUUGACGCACAAUGAAAGCAUUACGCUCGGAGGUGAGGAAACAUUUAUACGCCGCAUCCUCGACGAAAGUCUGGACCUCCAAACCAAGAUUUCACUUUAUUCAUCGCUUGUAGGGAAGAAAACCACACUCAAGCGAAUUCUGCGUGUUUUACGAGAAAGGAAGGUUCCUAGCAUUGGAAGUGUUGUCUUAAGCCAGAAAAGCUUGGAUGAUUCUCAUGAUGAUUCCAAGAGUGGUGAGAAGCUGAAGAAUAUCGUUCGAUGGUGUGUAUUUUGGUCGUUUGAUGAGCGAUUCUCCGCGAUUUUCAAUGCACCAGGAGCCAAGUUCAAGGUGUUUGGAAAAAGGAAGGAGGCGAAGAAACGAUUUGACAUUUGCUUUGAGGUGAAGGAGAAGGAGCCCGUCGUUUGGCAGCGAAUUGAGGAGUUCUGCAAGGCCUGUGACGGAAUUGAGUAUACACACGAAAACGAAGAAUCCAAAGUCAAUAUUGCGAAGUUCGAAUAUCAUUUUCCCUAUGGAGAGGGAAAGGGGAUGAACGGUCCAAUAACCAGUUCGUUUGGAAUUGAAGUGGAAUCCAAGGAAGAUUGCUGUCUUGUCUCCUUUAUCAUCCAUCAGGGAGAUCGUGCCACGUUUUUUAAAGUCGCCGAACAACUGCAACACGACAUAGUACGUACAUCUCGUAGAUGGAGACGUCUUGGGUUAAGAAAUGUGAAAUAG